AUGUCCAUCGAAGUCGAUUGGAGGACCGCCACCUCUGGUCCAGACGGCGAGGCUCUGGCUGAGCGCAUCCGCUCCUUCAUCCACGAUAAAUUCCAAGAGGUGCCUCUCCCACGCUUCAUCCGCUCCGUACAGGUCCACUCCUUCGACUUCGGAACAGUUGCCCCUGAUCUAGAAAUAAAAGACUUCUGUGAACCGUUCGUCGAUUUCUACGAAGAUGACGAGGAUGGUGCCUCGUCCGACAUGUCAGAAGAGCUUCACGACAACCCUUGGGACAGGCCGCAAUCCGAAUUCAACGAAUCUUCAUAUCGAGACGAUAUACCGAUAACCGGACGGCAUUCGCUUCGGAAUCCCUUCGAUGCAGACCACCAUGCCUCCUCCCCAUUACGCUCGCCGAUAGACCACUUGAAUCCACACUUUCUACCCCGCGCUGGCACCCCAGGUAUCCCCGGCGGAACCUCGACAUUGGGUUACCACCUCAUGUCUCUAGGUGGUCUCUCUGGUACUCAGACCCCUCUCGCCGCCGUCGCCGGUGGCUCACCAUUUACCAACAACUGGGCGGACCCGGCAGGACAAGGAGUCAGAGCUGGACAUCGACCCUCCCCACUCCACCGCGUAGACGGCGACGUCGACUCCAGCAACCCAACCUCCCGCCCCUCAACCGCAAGCACUCAUCCUCCAGGCUCAAACAAGAACAGCGGCAGUGCAUCUUCCCACCCCGACGAACAGCAACAUCACCUUGCCGACGAUCCCACCUCAUUCUCGGCACCCCCACUCCCUCACCCCCCACCACGCAUGCGAGAACGCCGCCCCGAGGACUUCCAAAUCCUCUGCCAUGCCAAAUAUGCUGGCGACAUCCGCCUAUCCCUAACAGCUGAAAUCCUUCUCGACUACCCCAUGCCCAGUUUCGUAGGACUUCCCCUUAAAUUAAACGUCACUGGCAUCACCUUCGAUGGAGUCGCAGUAAUCGCACACAUCCGCAAACGCGUCAACUUCUGUUUCCUCUCUCCUGAAGAUGCAGAAGCCCUGGUUGGCCCCGACCCUACUCCCGACGCUCACCGCAACCAGCUUGAGACCAGCGGUGCCUCUAAUAACAAUAAUAAUAGCGGCAAUGCAGGGUCGCAUCAAAAAGGCCAUGGCUUAUUACAAGAGAUCCACGUCGAGAGUGAAAUCGGCCGCAAGGAAGACGGGAAGCAGGUCCUCAAGAACGUCGGCAAAGUCGAGCGGUUCAUUCUCGCCCAAGUUCGACGCAUUUUUGAGGAAGAGCUUGUCUUCCCUAGCUUCUAUACAUUUCUGGUUUAG